CGUGAUUUGAAAACGUUUCGAUGACACAUGUAUAAUGUAUUAUUGAAAUUCAAUUUAUGAGUUGGGAUUUAAUCAUAACAUGGUCUCACCGAAAGCUCUGACUUUUUUCUUCCCACAUGGGGAACUGAACUCACUCAUUUUUUUUUUUGGGGGGGGGGGGGGGGGGGGACACCGUUAGGUGGGGUGUUUUUUUUUUUUUUUUUUUUUUUUUUUUUUCCCCCCAAAAUGGGCCUUGGGGGUUUAGGGGGCCCCCCCUUUUGGUUUUUUGAUUUUUCCCGGGGGGGGGCGAAACCCGGAAAAGAAUUGUUAAACAUCCCCCCCCCCCCCACAGGGGGAAUAUCCUGGGGGGGGGGGGACACAAAGAGAGGGGAAGUUGAAGAGGGGGAAAAAAACAAUUUAUAUUCUUUUAUGAUUUUUUGUGUUUUUUUAUUUCUUACUUUUUUUAACUUAUUGUUUUUUUCUUUUCUUAGUAAUCUUAUAUUUUUCGUUUUUUUUUUCGUUUGUAGGUGUUUUGAUAUGGCUUUGUUUUGGGGGGGGGGUAGGAGGAUUGGUUGGGUACACAGCUUAAGUUGAGGUCAUUUAGUUUUCUUUUUUAUUUUCAUGUUAGCCCCUAGACAUGGCCAUUGGGGAUCAUGGGAGCCAUCCUCUUGGAGUUUGACGUCAUGCUCAGGUGGCGUCAGAACCAGGAAAAGAUACUGUAACGAUCCAUCCCCUGCCAACCGGGGAAAUCCUUGCAGUGGAAGUGACACAGAAGAGAUCGACUGUAAUGAGUGCGAAUAUAACAAUGGGGGUUGUGCACAGCGCUGCAUAAACCGUGACUCUACAGGCUACACUUGCAGGUGCUAUCGUGGUUAUAAGCCUGCGUGGUGGAACAGUCAUCGUUGUGUCCGUAAGUGUAUGAUUUACUUUUAUUGUUGCUCUGUUUGGUAAUAUUUUUUUACCAGUCCAUUCAGUUGUAGCCAUAACCUUCUCCAAUAAUUUUGUCGAUCACGUCGUGUUUUGGGGCUUUUAAAAAAGUUAGGGCGGGGAAGGUUGCGUGACUCCGACCCGAGCGGCUGCGAGGGAAACUAUUAAAUUUCAUGUUGUAAAAAUGGGUCUCCACAACUUUUUCCUUGUGUUUGAGGAGAUGACGAUGAACCGAAGGAACAAAGUGUAAACACAUGUAUACAUUUAAUCCAAUCCUUACGGUUGUUUCUCAAUAACUGGUGUAGCACGAUCUUAUGGACUGAACCACAGGCUGAGCAUGUUCCUAUCUUUCUUAGCCCCAACGAUGAUGUAAAAAUGUACUUGAAAAGGUGUAACAGAAGUGUCCUCAUUCCAAAGAAAUCUGAAAAAAAUUACCACCCCACUUCCCCUGGGUGAUAUUGUAGAGGAAAUAGAGGUAUGUAGAAACAUAAAAAAAUGACUGAACUAUAUAAUUAAAGUAUGCUUGUAAUAGAUAUUUGCCCUUUUUUAAUAGGAAUCACUUGUCCCACAAGUAGCUGGCCAGCUCCUAGCAACGGAAAAUUAUCAAACCUUUGUAGGGGUCAAUCUCAAGUUCAGUCUGGGACAACGUGUUCUGUGACGUGUAAUAACGGUUAUCAUCUAAAUGGACCUUCAUUCUCUCGUUGUGGUGAUGACGGCAACUGGAGCCCACGAUCCACGCCGAACUGUCAAGGUAAAAGAAGACAUCUACAGCCCCCGAAAUGAUUCCCAAAUUGACGAUGUAUAUAAGUGUAAGCUUGGCGCCUUGCGUUUCUAACUGUUUUUGUCAAAAAAAUCUCGAUGUCAUUUCGUAAAAUUUUGAAAACACAUUUGUCGUUUCUUGAACGUCAGCUCCCUUUCCUAGAACACAAAAUCAUUAAACAAUAACAGAUUGAAUUUACCUUUCGUUUUUCAGUACGUGAAUGCUCCCCUCAGUCUCUCCCUGACAAUGGUGACAUUAGCCCGGAAAUCUGCAAAACAAAGCCUUUACAUGGUCGAACCUGCUACUACAAAUGUAGUCCAGGCUACACACUGAACGGGCCAUCUUCAUCCACAUGUGACAACGGGCGCUGGACACAAAGUGGUUUUUACUGUCGAGGUAAGGACCUUUUUUCAAAAAAAACGCUGUCGAUGAUGAUCAGCAACUAAAAUUUAAUCUGCUGUGUCGUGUCUUUUACGGUACUAUUUUUAAUUUUGUAUGUAUUAUUUAUAAAAGACAUACAGCCACCUUCAUUUGGAGAAACCUGCCCACCAGAGAGAAAUGUUCUUGCUGACGAGGGUAAAACCAGGGCCACAGUAACCUGGGUACCAGCAACAGCUACAGAUAAUGAUCAUGCGACCGUCACCGUGCAACCAGGUGUGACGCCACCACACAAUUUUUCUGAAGGAAGCCAUACGGUGAUUUAUACUGCGAAAGAUCCGUCCGGAAAUGUAGCGAUUUGCCAGUUUAGAGUCAACGUUCAAGGUAAUAUAAUCAGUAAAAAAUAUGUUGAUUAUUUUACGUCAAUAAAAACGCAGUGUCACUUGCAUCAUAUCA